CCUCCUCCUCGGUCCAUGGGAUUUUCCAGGCAAGUGUACUGGAGUGGGGUGCCAUUGCCUUCUCCAAGUUUCAAGCACACUGACCUUGAAUUCGGACAGCUCUGUAAGACGCGUGGUCGUAAUCAAGCAUUUAAUAAGCACCACCUGUGCCCAGCUAUCUGCAUGCAUGUGUCAUUGUUCCCCAAGGCAUCUCACAGAGAGGUUUACCAUUCUCAGGUGGUGGUCUCUCUGUCCUUCUGGGUCUUCCGCCCUAUUUUGUUUUUUCACUCCUUUACUAUUAGAUGGGUGGGUACACUUUGCCAUGAUUUCUAGGUCCUUUUAGCUCUUCAAUUCAUCUUUUCUUUGUAUCCCCAAAUCCUUGGCCUUCUAGGACUUUGGGGGACAAGUCACUGGGGACCCCUGACUUUCCGGAGAGCCCACUGAGAGCAGGCCUCGGAACACCAGCUCUGCUGUGGCUUCAGUGACCGCUCACCCUGGCUAUAUCCCCAUAAAGGUGCCCCGCAGCUGUGCAUGGGGGAUCAAACCUACAUCCUCUACAGUUGACGCAUGGAGUCUUAACAACUGGAGGACAAAGAUUUUGCUCCAGGACCAGGAACAAGGCAUGAGGUGUCUUUUGGUACUUCUGUUCAAUGUGCAGCUGCACGUUCAAGCCAAAGCAAUUAGGUUUCUGGGUAGAGCGCACCCCUGUGCAUGAGGCGGCCCAGCGGGGGGAGACCCGACAGCUGCAGCAGCUGAUUGAGAGUGGGGCCUGCGUCAAUCAGGUCACAGUGGACUCCAUCACGCCCCUGCACGCGGCCAGUCUGCAGGGCCAGGUGCAGUGCGUGCAGCUGCUGCUGGCCGCUGGGGCCCAGGUGGAUGCCCGCAACAUUGACGGCAGCACCCCACUCUGUGAUGCCUGUGCCUCGGGCAGUGUCGAGUGCGUGAAGCUCCUGCUCUCCUAUGGGGCCAAGGUCAACCCGCCCCUGUACACAGCGUCCCCGCUGCACGAGGCCUGCAUGAGCGGAAGUUCCGAGUGUGUGAGGCUUCUGAUCGAUGUUGGGGCCAACCUGGAAGCGCACGACUGCCACUUUGGGACCCCUCUGCACGUUGCUUGCGCCCGCGAGCAUCUGGACUGUGUCAAAGUGCUGCUCAAUGCGGGGGCCAAUGUGAAUGCAGCGAAGCUCCAUGAGACGGCGCUGCACCACGCGGCCAAGGUGAAGAACGUGGACCUCAUCGAGAUGCUCAUCCAGUUUGGGGGCAACAUCUACGCGCGCGACAACCGGGGGCGGAAGCCUUCGGACUACACGUGGGCCAGCAGUGCCCCGGCCAGGUGCCUGGAACACUAUGAGAAGACCCCUCUUAGCCUGUCUCAGCUCUGCAGGGUGAGCCUGAGGCGGGCAGCCGGCGUCAGAGGGCUGGAGAAGAUCGCCAGGCUGGACAUCCCUCCCCGGCUCAUUGACUUCCUCUCCUACAACUGAGCUUCAGGUGUGAGGUCCAGGUGGCUGGUGACUCGGGGCUGAGGGGGGCUCUCUGCCCUCGACGUUGGAAACUGUGCCGCUGCUGUGAAGAACAGCACCCCGAGUCCCUCUAGGCCGACCUGUUUCAUCUUCUGUGCAGACCCUUGGAGGAUGUUCCAAGGUCCUGGGAAAGGCCCGGGGCUGGCCCUCCCUGGACUUCAGUCCAGCUUCCUCUGGCUUCCUCCUGGCUGUGCCAGUGUCUCUCUUCAUGACCUUCCUCGGAGGGACUCUCAGGACAGACUCUCCAGAAGCACGGGGUGGGGCCGGGUGGGGCUGGGAGGCCAGGGCUCUGAUUCCAAUUCCACACACCUGGGAGGUACCACUCCUGAUUCCUUCAACAUCGGGUGGCCCUGAUGUGCAAAGGGAGGAGCCUGCACUGCAGGGGGUGGGCCCCUGGGAGUGGGUUCCGGCCGGGCCCGGGACAGUGCUUUGGGGACAGCCUGCCCCCUUGGAUGCUGUUUUCUGGAGCCACGGUUGGCACCUUGUGAGACCCACCUGUGCCCAGGUAUGCCCAUCACUCAGGGGGCUUUAUACAGGUCUCAGUGGGGAAGCAUCAGGCUUCUGAUUCCCACAGUGUUUCUUAGGAAGUUUUUCUCCAAUCUGAGGUCUCAGCUCUUUUAAAAAGUGUAUGCAGAUGAUGAAAACUUUUAGACACAUGCGCUGUAGCACUUAGAUUUCGUUAACAAGUCUGUAAAGCAACAGGUAACAGGAAGGCGUCUUAGCACAUCCUCCCUGAGGUAGUGAUUUCCAAUGUGAAGCACCAUUGGGAAACUCUUUAGAGACUGUUUUUCAUCUUUCUACAGCUGCUAAAUGAAUCCUUUGCCCACCCCAAGUUUUGCUAAUUUCCUGAAGCUCUGCAGUUGGCAGAAGAGGUCACGUCACCCUCUGCCAGGUCAAGCGUUGAUUCAUACAUUUUUUGUGGGCACUUAAAGAACAUCUGAGCUUCAGGCACUGCCUUGGUGCUGUGAGCUGGACAGGAAUCAGACUCGUCAUCCAGUCAGGGCGAGAAAGUGUUGCACAAUCUGUUUUUAGUAAUAGAAAGAAGCAAGUAAUUCUACAUUAUAAACCAUGAGGUGACAUGACAUAGUAUGUUCAAACUGUAUCUGUCUGCUUAAGAUUCUGUAUCAUAAUUUAAAAUCUCAGGGGUUAAACUAGAGGACGUUUGUAUAAGUAGUUGAGGUCUAUUUGGUUUGAGGGGCAAUGGAGAAAGUACCUGUUGUAAACUCUCUUGUGGGUCAGGCCUCAAGCCAGUGUCCCCAGAAAUGUUGACCUCACCAGGUUCCCCCGGAGAGUGUGGGGGGAAGAAUGAGCCUGGUGGGUCAAGGUCACGCCAGCUGUGCUGACGGCCAGGGGCUCCUCUUGGCAGGGCUACAUGGGUGGGGCCCACACGUGGUGGAAAGUUCUGUGCUGGCAGCCGUGGGUAUUUUCAGCUCCACUGCUCAGGCUGUUAGGAUGGUGCUUCCUCGUACGAGGAGAUAAGAGCCGCUCCCAUUUGCUGCAGGUGUAGAUAUGUGUUCUGGGUCAAUCAGUGUAUCCGUGUGCACUAAUCACACACACACAUACAAAUCGCUGGGUUCUGCCCUUUCAUCUUUGUAACAGGAACUUGCCUUGGUCCGUGAAAGCUGCUAACGUUUCCACAUGUGGGACACCGGGGGCAGAGCCUGGUUCCCGCACUCCCUGCUCAAUAAAAGUGGUCAGGAUGAGUCCA